AUGGAAGAUGAUCAAAGGGAACUACAACUCCUCCCAACGCCGCCGCACACAAGAGGACCGUACUCACGUCCGGCGUCAUGGAAGUCGGAUUCGAUGAGAUACCGAUCUGAGAGCAUCCAGUUUAAUUCUUUAGAGAGUGCUGGUCCGUCGCUCGACCUGCAGCUAUCGAUUAGUCUCCGGCCAAUCCAGUCGCCGGCGGAUCACUGUAUGCUGGGGGAUUCGUUCCAAUUCGAUCGGAGAGACUCUAAAAGUGAUAACGGAAGAGUUGAGGCGCUGAAAUGGCAAGCGGCGGAUCAAAUUCGGAUAGCGUCAAUGGAGAAAGCGUAUGCGGAGCGUGUUAGAGAGAUGACGAAGCGCGAGAUGGAAUUAGCGCAAUCGGAAUUCUCACGAGCACGACACAUGUGGGAACGAGCACGAGAGGAGGUCGAGAGAGUGGAGAAGAUGAAAGAAAGGGCAACUCGCCGGAUUGAUUCAACCUGUAUGGAGAUCACUUGUCAAGCUUGCAGGCAAAAAUUUCGACAUUGA